AUAUGAUGACAAUGAUGAUGCACAUGGAAAAGCUUCCUGAUUUUUGCAGCGAGCCUUUUUACAACACUACUAACACUUCAACACUACUACAAGAAAUCCAAUUCUCCAACGGGAAUCCUACAGCUAAUACUGUAGCUUCGCCACCUAUCUGGCAUAAUCCACAUGCAUCUUCACCACCACUGAUAAAUCCACCUUGCUCCAUGCCAUUUAUGGGCACUCCAAUCCAAGAACCAGUGACACCAUCUCUUCAACACGACAUGAUGGCCAAAAAAUUCGAAUAUGGUACUCCAUUCUCAAAUGCAAACUCUUUCUUAUCUUCAAUAGAGAAGAAAAACUCAACUACAACAAUUAGAGAGAUGAUCUUUCGCAUAGCAGCAAUGCAACCAGCACAUAUAGACCCGGAAUCGGUAAAGCCUCCAAAAAGAAGGAAUGUCAAGAUAUCUAAGGAUCCACAAAGUGUAGCUGCGAGGCAUAGAAGGGAAAGAAUAAGUGAGAGGAUAAGGAUUCUCCAGAGAUUAGUUCCAGGAGGCACCAAAAUGGACACGGCUUCUAUGUUAGAUGAGGCUAUACAUUAUGUGAAAUUCUUGAAGAUGCAAGUGCAAUCUUUAGAACAAACUGGUGCUAAUAGGCCAAUGGGUGGUUUUGGCAUCACCGGAGUUACAAUGCCUAGUGUUGGUUAUUCUUCUUUGGUAAAGAAUUUCGACCCUGCUGCUAAUACGGAGGGCACAAUGCAGAUGCUUAGAUGAGAGAUAGGAUUAGCUGGGCAAUUGUCUUUUUUCUGUACAAGUCAAUAGUACUUUUUUUGGGUUUUGUAAUUAGUCAUGAUUUUCUUGUUAUCUUGUUUGUGUGUUGUAAUUGGGUUAAAGGAUUCUAAUGCAUGGCUACCUCCUUAAUUCAAAAUUUUUAUGGAA